AUGGAAUUUAUCGAAUGGCAUUUCGCCCCUCCACACACUCCACACUUUGGUGGUUUGUGGGAAGUUGCUGCAAAGUCAUUCAAGAAUCAUCUCUAUAGAACAGUUGGAGAUGUAUUAUUCGCUUACGAACAAUUUUAUACAUCGAUAGUUGAGAUUGAAGCCAUUCAUAUUUCUCACCCUCUGAUACCUCUAUCCUCUGAUCUCAACGAUCUCCUCGCCAUUACGCCCGGCCAUGUCCUGAGAGGUGAUUCGUUGACAAACCUGCCCGAACGCAAUUUCGUCGAUACACCGGACAACAAGCUGUCACUCUGGCAGCAUAUACAAAAAAUUAAAGGCCAUUACUGGAGCUGGUGGCAAAAGGAAUAUUUGCAGGAACUAUACACCAGAGAUGCUACGCUAUUCGAGGAAGGUACACUCGUGAGCAUUAUAGAAGAUAAUAGUCAUCCUCUUCAUUGGCAGCUCAGGCGAGUUGUCAAGGUCCAUCCAGGCGAAGAUGGCAUUGUACGUGUGGCUUCAUUACGAAUCCAAAACGGGGUUUAUAAGCGUGGCAUUAAAAGACUACUCUCACCCUUGCCACUCGAAGACAAGUAG